CGAAAAGUAGAACUGAAAAUGGUAGGAAAAACCCAACAGAGAACCGGGCAUCAUGUUUCACUUUCAUGGUAAAAAGAAGAACUGAAACUGACGCGGAAAACCCUGCCGAUGACUAGACGUCCAUUCAGUUUCACUUCCGCGGUGAGAAGAGAACCGAAAACACGCUCGGAAAAAGCGGCAGAGGACACGUUGUACGGUUUCACUUCCAUGGUAAAUGAAGAACUUUCUAUGGAAGAUGAAGAAUCCAACUCUUUUUUUGUAAAAGAAAAUAACAUUUUGGUUUUUCACACGAGGAAGAACCUUUUUUCUCAAAAUGCGAAGAACAUUUUUUGGUAAGAAGACGAAGAGCGGACAACGGCGCGGAAACCUUUCGGACAGAGGCGGCACGAUGACGAGGCGAGCGUCAACCAGACUGGCCGCGGACGGUUCGGGCCGCGCUGCACCGCGACACGUACCACCACACCGCGCACAUGCCGCGCCUUCUCGCCUCGCUCGGCUCCACCUGUCUCGCCGUCCCGUCGGGAUUCAAGAGCCGCUCUUCCUUCCCCCAUAUGCGUCCCUCGUUUCUCUCUCUUGGACUUUUGGCAGUACAACUGGGCGAGCGAGGGAGGCAAGGCUUUGCGAAAGCGCUCAGUUUCUCCCAGUCUCCGGCUUCGAGAUCUCAAGAGAGAGAGAGAGGGGGGGAGGCAGGAGGACAGCGGGUCAGGGAGGAGGGGGCGUGGGAUCCUACUGUGGAGCCAGCCAGUGUGGCGGAUUCUUGGGGGGAGGCGCCUACGUGCAUGGCCACCGGCAGCAGCAAGUGGUGGCAAGGGCCAAUGGACUUCCCGCCGCAGCCGCAGCAGAUGCAGCAGCAUCAGCACCAGCAGCUGCAGUUGCCGGCGGUGACCAUGCCGGCGCCGGCUCCAGCGGUUGCCGCCUCGCCGGAGAACAAGCAGCAGCAGCAGCAGCAGCAGGGCCAGGGGCAGGGCGAGGGGCAGAUGGGCGCGGCGGCAGGGGCCAUCGUGCCGCUGCGGAGGCCGCGGGGGCGGCCGAUGGGGUCCAAGAACAAGCCCAAGCCGCCGAUAAUCAUCACGCGCGACAGCCCCGACGCGCUCCACUCGCACAUCCUCGAGGUGGCCUCGGGCGCCGACGUCGCGGCCUGCGUCGCCGAGUACGCGCGCCGCCGCGGCCGGGGCGUCUGCGUGCUGGGCGCGUCCGGCUCCGUCGUGGACGUCGUCGUGCGCGGCGCGGCCGCGCCCGCGCCCCUCCCGGGCCGCUUCGAGCUCCUCUCCAUGACCGGCACCGUGCUCCCGCCCCCGGCACCGUCCGAGGCGUCCGGCCUCGCCGUCAUGCUCUCCGCCGGCCAGGGCCAGGUCCUCGGCGGGUGCGUCGUGGGGCCGCUCGUCGCCGCCGGGACCGUCACCCUCUUCGCCGCCACCUUCGCCAACGCCGUCUACGAGCGACUGCCCCUCCAGGACGCCGCCCCCGACGCCGACGUCAAGCCCGACCUCUCCGCCGCCCCCGACGCCUCGGUCUCGCAACAAGUGCAAGCGCAGCAGCCACUCGCCAUCUCCCAGGCCAUGGCAAUGGGCGCGGGCUACCCCGACCACCGCUCACCUCAGUACCCGUGGGGAGGCCACCAGGGAGGCGGCAUCUGAUGAGAGGAUGACCAGCCUGUGGAUCGAUCGUUAACUCUUUUUGUUGGUGUUCUUGCUCCUAACAUCCAUCCAUCCUCUAGAGAAGUAGGUUUUGGCAAGUUGAUUCAUUCAUGGAGCGCUCUUCUUGGGCUCUCAUCGUGAUUUUGUCGUGCGAGGUCAGCAGAAUAUGGCGACGAAUAUGGGCACACAUCAGGCGGUCGAGCCACAUUUUGUGUGGUUAAUUGGAGGUCAGUGUUCUAGUGUUUUUACAGCUUCUCAGGCUGAGUCAGUGCACAACUGCUAGUGUAUUUGCUAGCACUGCAAGCAUGUGAAAUGUGAUUAAUGACUGGGGGAAUUGGAAAUUUGUUGUUGAUGACUUGCGAAAUUGGAAAUCUGUUGCUACUUGA